AUGGUAGAAGAAAACAAAGUUCGACUACGAGCCUCUUGCAACGCCUGCAACGAGUCGAAAGUGCGGUGCAGCCAGCGAAAGCCGAGUUGCACGAGGUGCGAGCGCAACCAAAUUGAGUGUAUCUACGGUCUGUCGCGGAGGACACACAAGGACGCGCCGCCUAUCUCUAUCCCUCCGUCGCAGCGGGGAAGGAGGGCUCCGCGGCCCCAGUGCGGUUCCGAUACUCGUACCAGUACCAGUCCCAAGAGCAACAGUCCGAGUAAAACUGCGUCCCGGUCCAACAGUUCUGCAAUGCUGGACAAGCCGGACGAGGCGCACAAUGAUAAUACAAAUCUUCCCGACGACUACAUGUUUCCGACGCCAAUCGAAACCAAUUCAAUGUACGGCUUCACGCAGCUGUUGGACUUCAACAGCCUAGCCACCGGCAGCACCAUGGUGCCUGGGUACUUCCCAACACCAGACCCCUCACCCUAUCUGGACUCCCUCUUCGGUGCCAACCUCAAUAGCGAUGACACUGAGAUGGGGACGUAUCAGGCGCUCAAUGGCGAGAGCGAAUGCACUUGCCACGCAGGCGUCACGGAGCUGCUGGCAUCGAUGCGUGGUGCCGGUAACGACCAGCGGCUAUCGCUCGACGCACAACUCGCCAGGCUCAAGCAGUGUAUUGUAUCAUCCGAGAUGUCGAUGGGGUGCACGCACCCCCGCGAGGACACCGAGCCAAUUCACAUCAUGGCCGUUGCUAUGCUCAUAGGCUACGCUAUUGACAACUUCAAAAUGCUCGCCAGUGAUUCCUCGCUGCGCAGGUCAUUGUCGUCACAGUCGGCAGCCGAGAUGGUGACAUUGGGAAACAUUGAGAGGGAGAGCAAGUCCGGGAUCGCCACUCCAAGUAAUAGCAACAUAUCCCCGAGAGAUCUUAUGGAGCCCCGGCUAUCGUUGGGUGUGCUAGAAUUGGAAGAAGAUGACGAGAUAGACCUCCGGCAGAGGCUGUACCAGCUGUCAUUUCGCAAGCUGGAGAGGCUUCUGUCACAGCUUACAGUGUAUCUUCGGGACCUGCACACUGAGCUUUCCAGCCUCCCAGAUCCAUCGCGGCAUAUGGCGUUUGUGAUUGCGUGCGAUUAUACGCGGUUGUGGCUUGAACGGAAGGCCGGCGACGUCAAGAGGAUGUUUUCGGUUCCUAGCAGAGAUGAGACCAUGGAUUCAGUGCUUGCAUAG